CCGCACUGCAGAAUCUCUCACUCUGCAACAUUCAAGCACCAAGCCGAUAUGCUGCACGCCGUUGAGCGAGGGCGGCGGAAGGACGACGGCGCUGAAGCCCUCGGCUAACCUCCCCUCCGCUUCCUCCUACAUUUUUCUAAUGCAGACAGAUAAGUUGGCAUACCACAGACGACUAAUCCUCCUACUGUGAGAGACGAUUCGGGCGAUGCCGAUCAUAGGAAACUGGCGAGAAGGAGGAUGAGGGAGAGCGACAGGAAAGGGGGAGGGGGAAAGGAAGGCAAGUAAGGUGAGGAUUGAGAUGAAUUAACUCAUAAGGAAAAUGGGGGAUUUUAAGGGUACAAUGUUUAGAAUGCUAGCUCUUGUCUUGCAGUUAAUUUGAUCACUCUUGCAAAUCUGCGCAUCCUCUCUCUCUCCCUCUCUCUCGCCAUCGUCCCUCACCCUCUUCCACUCUCUGCUCGUCUGGCGGAGGCUGAUGUAGGUCAUUGCGUCUGGAGCCUGUCUGGAGCUGCAGAGGGGUCUCCGAGCUCCACGGCUGAGCCUCAUCGACCCCCGCUAGCGGCUAGGCGAGCUGAGGACACCGCGCGCUCCCUGGGCUACAUGAGGACAGAAGCGCCAUCCCACUGACCUGACUUGCCUGGAGGAUGCUACACUUGGAAAAGGGGAGGAGGAAGGGGAAGUGGGGGUGCAAGGUUAUAUUGGGGUUGUCUGUACAUUCCAAAGUUUAUGCCGUUUACGAAUGUCUCUAUAAUUUAAACUGAGGAGAGGAUAGACAAAAGGUAAAAAAACGCAAAGAGGGAAAUUGAGGAGUGUUAAACGAUGCAGUCCUUGCUUAUAUGCAGCAACAACAGGAUGUUUUUUGGGGGAUGUCAUGCAGUUGUUCCCCCUCCUUCUGUUCUGUCAGCAUCCUUCCCUUCUCAGUGCCUAACUUCUUCCUGAUUCUAUCUCUUUCCCAGACUCCGAUUCUUCUUCCGAAACCAAAGCGACCCAGCAAAUCCCGCAUUCCGUUCCAUCCCAAACCAGGAAAAACAAAAUAACACUGUUGUUUUGCGGUAUAUCCAUUCAUAUGCCAUGCCAUGUAUCUUUUCCAAUACGGAUCCAACUCCACGCAGUGCCUUGUCCCGUAGCGGUUUGAAGUAUCCGUCCUGUAUCCGUCUGUUGUGGUGAUUGUCCCUUUGAUUGAAAUGAGCACAGCGCUGUCGAAAUUUGAAAAGAACAAAAUGUGCUGUUGACGACUUCUGCAUCCACCGAAAUUGCUCUCUUUCCUUUCCCCCUCCUUCGUCUGUGCUCCCACUCCGUGCUCCAUCCCAGUCCUCUGGCUUUUUACACAAUGCAAAAAAGAUUGUUGUUUCAGAGUAUCUCAAAAGUGAUGUGAGACUGCUGGAGUAGAUGGUUGAGUGUCAGUUUGAGUGUGCGUGUGUCUGCCCUCCUCAUUUGACUGUGCUGCAUGUCUGAGUUGUGCAGCGAUAGACUGGUACUUCACUGGCUCUGUCUUGCGUUGAGGUUGUUCGUCUUUUCUACGUAAGCGCUGUUUGGGCAAGUUUCGGAGUGUGACGACGGUAUUUAACUGACAUGACUUACUGGACUUUUGCGGGCUACUUUCAAUUUUUUGAGGCAUAAGUGACAUUUAAAAGAGGAACCAAUCUCACCUCCUACUUUGCCUUUGGCCAUUAUCCAGUAAAACUACUUUUAUUGAGACUUUGAAUUCACACUGGAUACCAAACAGGUACACACUACAGUUCUUGGUUUUGCUGAAGACUGUGGUGAUUUAUUUAAGUUCUAUUAGACAUGACUGUGUUCAGUUACUACGAUAGUGCGGAUAUGAACGUGAAUGGUUCUGUCCCUAUGCGCCUUAUGACUGACUGGCGACCAGUCUGUAUUGUAGUCUGCCCAUUGCCUUAAUUAGCCCCAACCCUGAGUUGGAUACUAUGGAAAAUGAAUGUGUCCAUAGAAUAACCAUGACAAAUUAAUAAAAGUCUAGAAGUCAUCCUGUGUGGAGUUUGUAUGUUUUCCCCGUGUUUGUGUAGUUUCCAUCAUGAGUCAAGGGUGUACUGCCAGGAUGUGGUGUAGAGCAGUGGUCCCCAACCUUUUUUGCACCACGGACCGGUGUAAUAUGGGCCUUUUUUUUCCAUGGACCGUCAAUGUGUAGCAGAAAAUGAUAGUAAACAUAAAACGUCGAAGCUAAAAACAAAUAUUAAAUACAGGCAAAUUGUCAAUCACUAUACACUGAAUCAACCUUUUUUAAACAGCAGCCUCUCCUAAAACCUGUCGGCAAAAAUGCGUGGUCGCAAGCAUCAUGAGUUAUUUUUCCAAUCGUGAAAGGUUUCUUAGCUUUAGCAAUACGGUUCUCCAUGAGGUAUGAUGCUCUCAGUGCGUUCACUUUUGUUGCCUCGUUUGCUAGCUUUUAGCCACAUAUUAUGCAGAAUGUACUUGGUUGUAGGCUCCUCUUCUGGCUCAGAAGGUGGCCUUUUUCUAGUAAAAAAGCUGUCCAAAGACGUCACCGCCCGCAGCACACAGCUAUGAGAAGCUAAAGUUACUGUUAACAUUGACUGCUGCUGGGCUGCAUACAGCGGGGCAAAUAAGUAUUUAGUCAGCCACUAAUUGUGCAAGUUCUUCCACUUGAAAAUAUUAGAGAGGCCUGUAAUUGUCAACAUGGGUAAACCUCAACCAUGAGAGACAGAAUGUGGGGGGAAAAAAAACUGAAAAUCACAUUGUUUGAUUUUUAAAGAAUUUAUUUGCAAAUCAUGGUGGAAAAUAAGUAUUUGGUCAAUACCAAAAGUUAAUCUCAAUACUUUGUUAUGUACCUUUUGUUGGCAAUAACGGAGCCCAAACAUUUUCUGUAACUCUUGACAAGCUUUUUACAUACUGUUGCUGGUAUUUUGGCCCAUUCCUCCAUGCAGAUCUCCUCUAGAGCAGUGAUGUUUUGGGGCUGUCAUUGGGCAACAUGGACUUUCAACUCCCCCAUUCAAUCUUUCCUGUACACAGAUCAGUCGUCCUGGUCCCUUUGCAGAAAAACAGCCCCAAAGCAUGAUGUUUUCACCCCCAUGCUUCAAAGUGGGUAUGGUGUUCUUCCGAUCCAAUUCGUUAUUCUUUCUCCUCCAAACACGAGAACCUGUGUUCCUACCAAAAAGUUCUAUUUUGGUUUCAUCUUACCAUAACACAUUCUCCCAGUCCUCUUCUGGAUCAUCCAAAUGCUCUCUAGCGAACCACAGAAGGGCCUGGAUGUGUACUUUCCUCAGCAGGGGGACAAGUCUGGCAGUGCAGGAUUUGAGUCCCAGGCGACGCAUUGUAUUACUGCUAGUACCCUAUGUUACUGUGGUCCCAGAUCUCUGUAGGUCAUUCACUAGGUCCCCCCGUGUGGUUCUGGGAUUUUUGCUCACCGUUCUUGUUAUCAUUUUGACGCCACGGGGUGAGAUCUUGCAUGGAGCCCCAGAUCGAGGGAGAUUAUCAGUGGUCUUGUAUGUCUUCCAUUUUCUAAUAAUUGCUCCCGCAGUUGAUUUCUGUACACCAAGUGUUUUACCUAUUGCAGAUUCAGUCUUCCCAGCCUGGUGCAGGUCUACAAUUUUGUCUCUGGUGUCCUUCGACAGCUUUUUGGUCUUGGCCAUAAUGGAGUUUGAAGUAUGACUGCCUGAGGUUGUGGACAGGUGUCUUUUAUACCGAUAAUGAGUUAAAACAGGUGCCAUUAAUACAGGUAACGAGUGGAGCCUCGUUAGACCUUGUUAGAAGAAGUUAGACCUCUUUGGCAGCCAGAAAUCUUGCCUGUUUGUAGGUGACCAAAUACUUAUUUUCCACUCCAAUUUGGAAAUAAAUUCUUUAAAAAUCAAACAAUGUGAUAUUUUGUUUUUUUUUCCUCAUUCUGUCUUUCAUGUUUGAGGUUUACCCAUGUUGACAAUUACAGGCCUCGCUAAUUUUUUCAAGUAGGAGAACUUGCACAAUUGGUGGUUGACUAAAUACUUAUUUGCCCGACUGAAGGUGUUGAAACACCCCAGUAAUGACAGGCAACCACAAGAUGGCGAUGUACACAAAUCUCUACUCGUAUUAGUCAAUAGAGUAGACAUGGAUAUUGAUGUGUCAAGAGCCACAGACCAGAUUCCAGUUGUUAAUAAAUUAUUUAUCUGCGGUCCGGUAGCAAAUGCGCCACGGACCGGUACCGGUCCAAGGCCCGGUGGUUGGGGACCACUGGGGUAGAGGGUUCCAUCGAGAUCAUUUGAAGCAAUCCAAAGUCAACUGAAGUAGGAUACAGCUUAACCAGCGAAACCUGUAUUAAAUUACAACGGUGUAUAUACAGUAUAUAUUUAAAGAAUUAAUCAAUAAAAAUACCUAGCCCCAGCUCAUCUGAGAUGAACUGAUGCAAAGUGGGAAAGUGUGCAGACGAGUCCACAUUACAAAUUGUUUUGGGAAAUCAUUGGCAUUGUGUCCUCCGUGCCAGAGAGGAAAAGGACUCCCCAGAUUAUUAUGAGGUUCAAAAGCCAUUAUCUGUCAUCAUAUGAGGUGUGUUAGUUCCCAUGUCAUUCAUGAUGCUGCUAUUAAUACUGAAGGGUUCUGAAGUAACAUAUGCUACUAAACAAUUUUUGAACAUAUUGAGUGGGAUGCUUCCUCUUUUUUUCUUACCUGCAUUAACAAAUCGGACAUUUCUUAAUGCCUUCCAGGUUUAACUGCAUCAGUUUGUCAAGCUUACAUUCCACUCUUAGGCCAAAAAAAAAAAAAAAAAAACACCACCACACUGGAAUGAUAACAACAACAACAACAACAAAAACUAAGAUAGUGCCAGAAAAACUGAGUAAUCCGAAAAAGGUUUCGGUACAGGGUGGGCUAAUGUAAACUAAAGAAUAAAAUAAAAUGUUAGCAUUAUGUAACGGCUGACAGCAUUAGGUGGGAGCGAUGACCACCUGCACUGUCUGACACAUCCACACAAAACACUCCAGGGACAAAGUGACCCAAAGAUGAGUCACAAAGAGAGAAAACGUGCGCACAUGCAAAUGACUGCUUAGUCCUCACUUUCUCUAUUUGACUGCAGGGUGCCGGGGACUUCCCACUGGUUUCUAAAACUUCCAAUCCUUGGAAAAGCUCCAAUUCAGUUAGGGCUGGACUCGUACACACACACGCGAGCGCACAUUUACACUUGGAGGCGUGCACACAAAAGCCCCAUUGUGUUUGACCCCCAGAUGACGAGCGGGCAGGUCAAACUGGCGCGUCAUUUCAAGGCCGCUGAAAAGGGCGGCGAGACCGGCGUAAUGAAUACCUUCGUUUGACUGCACCAGGAGAAAGGCGCACUUUAGCCUCGCUCGCGUUGUCUUUUAGGGCCAAUCUGCGACAGGCUUUGGGAUCGUAAAUCUGUGCAGAAACAGGGCUACACACAAACACACUGUCACAUGCCUACAUGGCUCUAGGGCUAUAUGCUAACAUGUAUGGGUUCUACUGAGAUUUUAUUAGUCAAGUUCUAAAGCAUUGAUGUUUCUACUACGGGUAUCUUAUAUGUGUGUCUGUAAAAAAAAUUAAACUUGGUUCAACUUAAUCAAGAGUAUUACAUAUAAUAUUAAACUCACCAGCUUUUCUAGCCAUAAAAUCCAACAUAAAGUACAGCUAUAUCACCCUGUAAGAAGAAGCAAAGCGGCUCUACGCUUUUGAAGACAUUCAGAUAGAAUAAACACCCAUGCAGAGGCAACAUCAUUAAGCACAAUUAUGUUCAACUACAGUACAUGGACUUCUGUAGUUCUAAUGAACAAAUCAAAUAAAGCUCCCAAGAAUAUAUAACAUGAUCACCAGACCUAGUCAUGUAGUUAUAUAAUACACCAGUUUUCCUAAACACCCUCAAUCCACAGUAUUAGGUUUGGGUGACAUUAUAAGGAAAGAGUUGAUUUUAUUAUUAUAUGUUUCUGCUAUUGUGGCUAUACUUAGGAGUGAUAUGAAAGUGCACUAUAUCAUUCUGUUUUCUCCGCAUGUAACUCCAGAUAACCAUAUUAUACAGAACAAACAACUCUAUAUGAAUCUGUUCUCCACUAACAUACAUAUUUAAACACAUUGACAUUUUACAUACACUAAUUUCACAAUUCAAAAUAUAAGUUUUAUCUUUUAAACUUUUGCAAGAACAUAUAUUUUUCUAAUAGUGUGCAAAAAAGGUUGAGCAUUAUAUUAAAAAUUGUUUAUUGGCAGUGUUACAGUGGUGUUGUUGAUUCUUAAAAAAAUUGGGCCUUCUACAUUACUGUUUUAAAGUUGGUUGUUAUGGUAGUAAGACAAUCAUUUUUUGAGCUGGUACAAUUCUUUAUGUUUGUCCUAUAUUUUCACUUAUCAUCCCAAUAUCCCUAACCUUUAGUGAGUAGUGUUUUGAUAGAGGCAUGCAAAAUGGUUUGCUGCUGAUAAAUUGAUGCAUUCUGUUGAGUCUAACAUCACUAGUGCCCAGAAAGGAAUAAAGAAUUCAUUCAACUUUCUUAUACCUAAAUGUCAUCUUUAAUACUGAUAAGGUAUAACAUAUCGGUCUUGGAAAAACAUUCACAACAGCUUUUAUAUCAGCAUGCACCACAAACGGCACUGCACGCUUAUUAUGAAGUCAUUGUUGAAGUCUCCUUCUCCCGCUGCACUCUCUCAUCAUGACACCAUCCCUGCAGGCGUCAACAGAGCCGAGACAAAGUGUUGGUGUAUUUGGGGUAAACACACGGAUCCUGCAGCUCUAAAGAUGGCGCGGUGAUAGGCCGGUGUGAUGGCGCUCCGCAUCGUGCCGCCCGAUCAGGACGCCUGCCAGUGACGGAGUAGAAACUACCUGACAGCUGCAGCUCACACAGUGAGAUAAGCUUACAGUAACAUUGACAGAACGCGCAGGCAAACGGGGAGACUAUGAGAAAGCGCAGCUGCUCCAUUCAACCACAUGGUUCCUCAACCGCACACACGAGCCGCGCUGCUGACGUCCACUUGAGGGACUUGCACUGGUGCCGUCCACAGCGACGUGUUCUGAGUCCAGUGGGCAGAGUUUUCAGCCGCACGGGCAGUUGAAAAGUUGACUGUUGGAUCGUUUUUUCUUGUUUCGUUUCUUGUUUUUUUAGUUAAUUGAGCCUAAAAGGUUCCGAGCCGAAAGAAGAGAGACACUUGGGAACUUUUUUUGUUGUUUUGACACUCAAGUUUAUCAGUGUGCCUGAUAAGAACAAGUGAGGACUAUUUGACUUUUUACGCACAGUUGGGUGGAAGGAUGGUGCAGCAGCAACAGCACAUGAGCGCUCACGCUCUCUCCCCAGCCGGAGACUCGACUGACUCCGGAGAGAUGGACUUGGAGAUGGAUGCGUCUCCCACCCCGGCGGGGCGUAGCGACCUAGCCUGGUGCAAAACCCCGACGGGUCAUAUCAAGAGACCCAUGAACGCCUUCAUGGUGUGGUCGCAGAUCGAAAGAAGAAAGAUCAUGGAGCAGUCUCCGGACAUGCACAACGCGGAGAUCUCCAAGCGGCUGGGCAAGCGAUGGAAGCUGCUCAAAGACGCUGACAAGAUCCCCUUCAUCCGGGAGGCGGAGCGGCUCCGACUCAAACACAUGGCCGACUACCCAGACUACAAGUACCGGCCCAGGAAGAAGGUCAAGUCCGGCAGCGGGGCAAGUAAGCAGCAGGCGGAUCGCGGGGAGAAGAGCUCGGAGCGCAGCAACAAAGCCAAAAGAAGCCCCGCGGCCAAAGCGGCGAGCCGGACGCACAAGCAGGCCGGCAAAUCCACCAGCCUCCCGGGUCUGGACGGCGCGUCGCCCAGUGGCGACCACCAGACCCUCUUCAAAUCCAGGUCAGUGUCUGGUGCCAGACAGAUCCCCGAGAAGCGCACCGGGGAGGCCAGACGCAGCUUCCCCUUCGCCGGGGCAGGGAGCUUAGAGAGCGGACCUCCCUCCGUGGGAGUCCCGGCCAGUCCUACUCUGAGCAGCUCGGCCGAAUCCAGCGACCCGCUGAGCCUGUACGAGGAGCAGAGCCCCGGGGGCAGCGAGUCAUCCCCCACCGCGCGCCUCAGGUACUCCCGCGCGUCCUCCCCAACGCCGUCAGCCUCCCAGUCUUCAUCAGUCUCCUCCUCAUCGUCGGAUGAGGAGUUCGAAGACGAGCGGCUCGACUUGAACCCCAGCCCCGGCUAUGAGAGCAUGUCUCUGGGCGGCAUGGGCUUCUCUGACGCGGAGCUGGACCGGGAUUUGGACUGGAGCUUCGGGGAGUGCGGCGCCGGCUCCCACUUUGACUUCCCUGACUACUGCACGCGAGAGGUGAGCGAGAUGAUCUCAGGAGACUGGCUGGAGUCCACCAUCUCCAACCUGGUGUUCACCUACUGAAACUUACAGCCGAGGCACAGUGGUAGAAGAACCGCGACGAACCCUCCCGAGUUUUGAACUCUUCGACCCCUCCAAUCCUCCCUCCCGGAGCCAUUUUCACGGAACAGAGUGGGAAGAGGAGACGGUGCGUGUGCGCGCUACUCGCAGACUUGCUUCGUCUGACGGGAGCGCGCAGGCGGGGGGGAAAAAAUGCAUCGUUUGCAUUUGGACACAGAGGAGGAUUGAAUGUAAGCAGAAAGAAGUGAAAGUGACUUCUAAACUAAUCCCCGAAAGGAUGACAACUGACAAUAAACUGAACAUUGGUGUUAUUUAGGAAGGGGGGAAAUGACUUGAGGCGUGUCCCCCCAUCCACUCCAAAAAGUAGUUUCAGUCUCAACACGCAUGCUCUCCUAAAUGAGGAGGAUUUAGCUGUUGUCAAAUGUUCAUUGCUGCGUAAUGACGCAACGUGUGAGCCCUUCAGUUGGACACAAUUCACGAUCACCAGCUUCUCUUUCAACGGCAGGACUCCAGACUUCAGAAAACCUUUUUUCCAGCUUUCUUGAAACACUCAGUGCACAAUUCAGGACCAACGCCCCCCUAGCCCUCCCCAUCCUAGUCUGCAUCCUUGCCUAGUGAUCCAACUUUCUAGUUCCUCUGUGUCAAGAUGACUUUUUAUAUUGAUGUAUUUAUACCGGCCAAAAUUUUUUUAUACAUAGAAGUAUUGUUCUCGUACAGGUCUCGUUUGUGUGUGCGUGUGUGUGCGUGUAUGUGCACAUACACAUGUCUGUAUCCAGCGCGGAAGGGCUAGAAGUGUCUCUUAUUUAAAGUGUCUGAACUCUCUCACUUUUUGAGUGCGUCAUGAUUUUUUUACUUGUAUUUUUGUACAAAAUCUAUAGAAAGUCAAGGGGGGGUGAUUGAAGGGAGGGGGGCCGGAGUGGGUAGCCUGCAACAUUGUUGUUUGGAUCUACAUUUGGUGUUUAGAUGUGCAUAGAAGGGGGGUGGGCGGACUCAGUUGGCACAAUCUGACCUCACACCGUGUUUACAGUAUUUACCCACAUGCUUCUUAAUGGCACAGUGACUCCAGUUUCACCAGCCAAGUAAACAAAGCACCACUGAGGCUCCCAGUCUGAGUGGUGACUGUCUUACUCCAGUACACAUCAUAGACUUCUAAGACUGAAAGAUCCCAGAGUGUCACUGUUUAGAUAGAGCUAAUACCUCUGUGUGCUUUUCUUCUCGUUCUUCUUGUUCUUCUGCUCUUACUUUCCAAGAUAAGUUUUAUUUGAACCACUGGAUGGAAUUUCACUCUCAUUCCACUUUGCCUAGACUUUGGAGGAGGAGAAGGUGUAUGAAGUGCUUCAUCUUUUCUCGCGCAAACCGCAUCCAAAAUAGUAUUUAACCUUUCUGUACCUGUUGGCUAAGUAUAGCAAAAGGCUAAUUGUUUUUCCUAUAUUAUGGCAUGGCAAAUAGCAUUUGUAUUUCAGAUUCAGGUAUAUGUAGCUAUAGCUGUUGUGUUUAAGAUUUUUAAAAGAAUAAUAACAUGAAGAUAUUUAUGUAAACUGACUGUACUAUAAACAAAGAUUGUGUGUUUUAUGUAUGAUGAUCAACGACAGGCACUAAGACAGCCAUCUUGGAACAAGUUGAAGAUGAUUGUGGUCCAGGAGUUUCUCUUUUUCCAAGACAUUUUUUUUUUAAAUAUUUUUUUUGUUGGUUUGUUUAGCUAUUUUUUUUUUUUCAUUUGUGCAAUAUGCUGUGUAUGACCAUGUUUUGUCUAAUCAUGCCAAUAUUGUUUUGUCGUUUAUUACAAAAAAACAGCCAAUGUUUGGGGUCAAUCACUGCCUCUCAGACCUCUGUACAGAUUGUGGUUUUUAUUUGUAUUUCUUUGCCUCCGCGAAGGAAAUAAAAUCAGCUGGAACU